AUGCGGAUAACAGUUCAAAACAUUUUUAGACAUCGCGUUAUCCCAAAGAGAAUUAACGUCAGAGUUGAGCAUGUGAAGCCAAGCAAGUGCCGAGACGACUUCCUUAAGCGAGUCAAACGUAACGCUGAGCUCAGAAAAAUUUCCAAGGAGACAGGACAGAGAUUCUGUUUGAAACGAAAGCCUGCCGAACCACCCUUGGCUCAUUUCAUUCAUCGUGUCAAGAAGCACCCGCCAAAGAUGUUGGAAGUAUUGCCCUACCAAUAUCUGAUCUGAAG